AUGGAUCUUUUGGGGACCACCACCAUCUUCUUGGUGGUCUUCCUGGUCCUCCUUUUGGCCUGGAGGAAAGUGGAGGCCAAGAGGAAGAACCUGCCCCCGGGUCCAACGCCUCUCCCCUUUGUUGGGAACCUCCUGCAGCUGAAGACCAAAAACACAGCAGAACAAAUGAAAAAGAUGAGUGAAAAAUAUGGACCAGUGUUUACGGUGUAUUUUGGCUCAGACCAAGUGGUGGUCCUCUAUGGCUAUGAUGUGGUGAAGAAGAUCAUGGUGGACAGCGGAGAUGAAUUCCUCGACCGAGGAAGCUUCCCAUCAGCAGAUAAGACCAACAAAGGAUUUGGUUUGUUGCUGUUGUUAUUGUGUGCCUUCAAGCUAUAGUGACACUCUUUGGCUUUUUGUGGCAGGAUUUAUUCAGAGGAGCUUUGCCUUCCUCUGAGGCUGAGAGAAGAGUGUGACUUGCACACAUGGGUUUGCAUGACUGAGACUGGAUUUGAACCCUGGACUUCUAUGCUCCUAG